GGCAGGAGGAGCUGCUCGGGGCGGGCGCAGUUCUCCUCCGAGUCCUCCCGGCACCUCUCCCCGUUCCUAUCUCUGUGGGCGAGGGUGCUGGCCGCGCAUGCGCCCUGGCCCAGCCGAGGAGGAGGAGGAGGAGGAGGCCGGCGUCGCCGCGGAGCCCCUGCCUCCCUCCCUGCCUGCCUGCCUCCCUCUGUCCGCCCCGCCCGCCCGCCCCGUCCGGUCCCUUCCCGAUGGAGGCGCUGCGGGCGGCGGGCCGGGCCGUGCUGCGGAGCCCCAGCCUCGCCCGACACCGCCUGGGCGUCGCCCGCCUCCGCCGCCACCAGCUGCCGGAGUCGUGGUCCGACAUGCGGGAGCCGCUGCUGGAGGGGAUGGGCUUCGCCCUCAAGUACCUGGGCAUGACGCUGGUGGAGAAGCCCAAGGGGGAGGACAUGGCCAGCGCCGCCAUCCACCGGAUCCUGGCCACGGCUCGGGUGGGGCCCAAGAAAUUCCGGAAGGUGAUCUUGACUGUCUCCCCACGAGGCCUCUCUCUGCAAGACGCUGAGACCAAGGAGACCAUUGAGACCAUCUCCAUCUACAGACAAGCUGCAGAACAAAGUCUUUGCCUACGUGGCACAGAACCCCCAGAGCGGUGCCCUCGAGUGCCACGCCUUUCUGUCGCCCAAGAAGAAGAUCGCUCCAGGGAAGGGGAGGGGGAGAAGAAGCCCUCCCUGAGUCCGCUGUGCCCCCCGGUGGAAAGCACCCGCCCGCCUGGCAGGUCACCCCUUGGCAGCCCCCCCUUCAAGACCAACUUUGAGGAGGAAGAAGAGGAGGACGAGGAGGAGGAGGAGGAGGAAGAUCUCAAUGAAGCCUUCUCUGGGUGUGGGGGGGCUUGCCUUUGGGGGCUCCCCAGUUGCCCGCUUCCAGUCAGUGGCGGCCUGGGGCUGCAGCCCCCCCAGCAGCUGCCUGCCUCCGGGGACAUUUUUCUGAGGCUGCUUCUCCUCAUCUUUCUCCUGCCACUCACCGUGUCUUCGCUGCUCAUCUCCAGCACAGCCUCUGCUGCCCCUUGUCUGUCACCCACAAGGACCAGCUGCCCCCACCCCUGGGAACCUGGUCCAGCCUGCCUCGGACCCUCAGCAGCACCCCAGUCCAGCCCCUCGCCCUGCUGGCCUGGGGAACCCCAACAGCACCCUGUGGGGCAUUCAGCAGGGGUCCUCAGCCCCAGGACCUCUCCUGCGGGGGGGGGGGUGCACCAGGCCUCCUCAUGGUGCUCUUGAGGCCUGAACAUUGGGGGGGGCAGCAUUCAGAUUCCCAUCAGUCCUCACCCACCCCAUAUUGAGGAGGGCUGUGUUGAGUGUAGAUAAAUCCUUCCCUCUGCUGCCCCCCACCCGCCCUGCCGUCCAGCUCUGGUGGGAAGGCAGCCCCCUCCCCUCCCCACCAGCUGCUCAUCACUGCCAAAUCACAGCUUUGUAGCAAAAAGACUAGUUUUUAAUGUCCUUUUCUAAAGGGAAAUAAACCAUUUCUACUGUUGUUGUA